UAAUGCAGCGGCGUUCUAGUGUGACAAAUCAUGGAUUUCAUUAGAAUUCGUGCAGCAGCGUACGGUCUACUGUGGAUGAGCUGCACGAUAGCGCGAGAAAUGGAUUACUGUUUUGUGAAUGAAACCGACCCUUAUCGGAAUUUCGGAGUUAAAACGCCGUAUCGGUUUGCAAGCACUGGGACAUUUGAACGGGUGGUAAUACCAAAUUGUAAAGCCGUUCGACUCUGGAUGUUAGCAAGACAUGGAACGCGUUAUCCGCAGGAAGAGGCGGUCGAUCGAUUACAAGAGUUGCAUACCAUACGUUGGAAAAUCAUGUACCAUCACGAGAAAGGGAUGGGUCGUUUGUGUGAUGAAGACGUGGAAAACAUCAGGAGAUGGCACCCCCAUCCGCAUUUGACAGAACAAGACGCUAGCAAGAUCACCGACGAAGGGUGGAGAGAGGGCGAGGAACUCGGAAAAAGGCUGAAGGACGCAUAUCCGGAACUUUUCCAGUCGUCAAUUAAAGAUAUCAAUUCUCAUAAUUAUCGGUUCAGAUCUAUAAAGGCUUCACGAAGUAUCGUGAGUUUGCAAGCUAUGAUAAAAGGUCUCUUUGGUGAUGAAUCUGCUGUUGAACUCGUGCCGAAUGAAAAAAGGGAUUCUCUAUUGCGACCUGAUAGGAAUUGCUAUCGAUGGUCCCACGCGGAUAGAAAAACUGAGGUGCAACGUGAUGAAUUCAUUCGUGGCCCUGAAUAUGCGGAACUGCAGCGGAAUGUGAGUCGUCGAGUUGGAUUCGACGUGUCCCCAGCAACCAUUCACAACAUUCAAGACAUGUGCCGUUUCGAGACAGCAUGGACCCGCGACAAAGUAUCACCGUGGUGUGCAAUAUUCAGUAAAGAAGAAUGGAAAAUAAUUGAGUACAUCGAUGACAUCCAGUACUAUUACUACUCAGGAUAUGGAGUUGCCUUGAAUAGUCUGAUCGGUUGUUUCCCAGCGGAGGAUCUCAUCAAUCAUUUCCGAGAGUCUGAAAAGUCUGGAACGCAGAAGGGCCCGAAGGGCUUCUUUUACAUGAGCACCUCAAGGGUUUUGAUGGAUUUCUUCCACGCAAUGGGAAUCGCGAAAGACUCGGAGCAUUUAUUAUCAAAUAAUUAUGGACGCAUGGCAAAUAGAAAGUGGAGGACAUCCUCAAUUGCACCUUUCUUCGCUAACUUCAUUGCUAGUUUCUACAGAUGCAGUGACCCUGGCUCCCCCCACAAAGUCACUUUCCACUUGAAUGAAAAGCUGAUAAUGUACGAAGGCUGUGAACAAGGCAUUUGUGAUUGGAACUAUAUAAAGGAAAAACUGGAAGAAACAGCCUCCAACUGCGCUGAAAAUUGUUACUGGAGCGGAAAACCAGCGCCGGAAGAUGAGCGAAGUAUUUUUCUGCUCAUAAUUGCGCUCUGUGUUUUAAUCAUUAUCUGUCAUCGCGGCAUCGCACGUACAUUACACAAGCUCAUUCGAUGUAAUUGGUAGUGUAGUCAUUAGUUUUACGUUUUUAGUAUUCAAUACUAUUUGAUUUGAAUCAAUGACUGCCGAAGU